AGGGCUCGGAGCUGGACCCUGCGCCGAGCGAGCGGAGCCCAGCGUCCUUUGUGCGGGCGGUAGCCCCGGGGAUGAACCCGAGCUAGGAACCAGGUCCAGGAUGGGGGGGCUGUCUGUCUGGGCCACAGGCCUUCGGAUGCUCCAGAUGCUGCUGCUUGUGGCUGCUGGGGAGCAGAGCACACAGGAUGCUGAGAAGGGCCUCCACAUGCAGAAAGUGGGGUCGGGGUCAGUUCGGGCCGCACUGGCAGAGCUGGUGGCCCUGCCUUGCCUCUUCACCCUGCGGCCCCGGCCGGGCAUGGGCCGAGAUGCCCCUCGGAUCAAGUGGACCAAGGUGCGGACGGCAUCGGGCCAGCGACAGGACGUGCCCAUACUGGUGGCCAAGGACAACGUGGUGCGAGUGGCCAAGGGCUGGCAGGGACGCGUGUCACUGCCCACCUACCCUUUGCGCCGUGCCAACGCUACCCUGCUAUUGGGGCCACUGAGGGCCAGCGACUCUGGGCUGUACCGUUGCCAAGUGGUGCGGGGCAUCGAGGAUGAGCAGGAUCUGGUGCCCCUGGAGGUGACAGGCGUGGUGUUCCACUAUCGGGCAGCCCGGGACCGCUAUGCACUGACCUUUGCUGAAGCCCAGGAGGCCUGCCAUCUCAGCUCCGCCACCAUCGCAGCCCCGAGACAUCUGCAAGCUGCCUUUGAGGAUGGCUUUGACAACUGUGAUGCUGGCUGGCUCUCUGACCAUACUGUUCGGUACCCUAUCACCCAGUCCCGUCCUGGUUGCUAUGGUGACCGCAGCAGCCUUCCAGGAGUGCGGAGCUAUGGACGCAGGGACCCACAGGAACUCUAUGAUGUAUAUUGCUUUGCCCGUGAGCUGGGGGCCCACCACCCUACGCCACAACACAGAGACGCAGAGACCCCCUCAUCUGGGGAUGAGGGGGAGAUUCUCUCAGCAGAGGGACCCCUGGCCAAAGACCUAGAGCCAGGCCUUGGGGAGGAGGUCACUCCUGACUUCCAGGAGCCCCUGGUAUCCAGUGGGGAGGAAGAGCCCCUGCUCUUGACUGAGAAACAGGAGGCCCAAGAGACCCCCAGCACUGUCUCUAGGGGCCCCACUCUGGCCUGGACCACUGAGUCCUCCCUAGAAGCUGACGAGGCGUGGCUGAGCACAGUGGCCCCCUAUCUCAGCAGUGAAGAGGGCUCUGUGACAGGAAAUCACACAGCGGUCCCCCUGGCCAGCCCCACACCCAGGAAGAGGGGACACUUCAAAGGGCUGAACGGACGCCACUUCCAGCAGCAGGAUCCUGAGCAAGGGCUGGAGAUGGGGCUGGAGGCCAGUGCCCUGUCCCCAACCCCGGAGGCCACUGGGAAUCAAGUGGAGCCUUCCCUGGUCACAGGAGCCACCAGGGGAGCCACCCCGGGAGCUGCGAUGGCCUCCGCUGACCCUAGCCCUUGGGACAUCCUGACCAAUGAAGUCGAUGGGCCUGGAGCCUAUCCCCCUGGUGACAGAGGUUCCACGGAGCCCUGGCGGUGGCUUCCCACCACAGUCCCGCCCAGCACCCCAGGGCCCAGCAGAGCCCCUGAUGGGGAGCUUCAGGAAGAUGAAGGUCCCCAGGGGAAGCCAGCAGCCUCCACCCAGCCCUGGCCUACCUCCGAGACCGCUACCCUGGCUCUUGGGCUCAGCACUGACCCUCCGGAUGCCUCCCCCAAAGCGACCUCGCUGGACCUCCCUAUCAUGGCUAUGCUGCGUGCCCCCAAACUGUGGCUUCCGGGAUCCCCAACACCAGUCCCCGUUGAGGACCAUGGGGCCAAAGAGCAGGGGGACGUUCUAAGUGCUUCUCUACUUGUCCCCGUGCCAGAAAUGGCAGCCAGCCCCCCCGGCCUCAGUGACUUGGGGGCGUCUCUGCCGCCUCCCUCAUUGGGUGCCCCAAGUCAGAGCAGAGAAGCCACAUCACUGAUUCUCAUUGGCCCCAGAGCAGGCAACUUACCAGCCCCUUCCCAGGAAGCCUCAGAACCAGGAACCAGUGCCCUCCCUAACCCUACCAUCACUGUUGCCAGAGAGAUUAGGGUGACCAGCCCUCCUCAGCCCCCCAGCCCCAGUCCAGGGGUUCCCAUGGGUGAGAAUGUGGCAGCUGCCUUCACCCUCUCUGAGAACCUCGCUAAGCCUAUGGAAGCUGGAGACAUCCUGGGGUCUGAGCUUGGCACCUUCGACCAGCCGGCCGCUGCACCUUCAGGGAGCCCUGAAAUCUCCUUGGUGCCUGGAUUACCCCCAUUUGAGAGUGCAGGAAACCCAAGUUUGAAGCCUCAGGCAGCUGAGGACGGGGACAGCAUAGAGGAACCCACCGAUCCCACAGGGACAGGGGACCCAGUGGACGCUAGUGGACUUGGGGGAUCUGGAUCCCACAUGGCGGAGGGAGCCGAAAGCUUGGCCCUGACCCCGCCAGUGACUGUGGAUACAAGAGUGGUGACCUCACUCACAUCGCUGGACCUAGAGGACAAGCUUGGCGGCCUGACCACGUCCACACUGGCCUCGCCAAGCUCCCAACCCCACCCUGAGCCGGAGAACCAGACGGAGAUACUAGAGGGGUCCACUCGGAUACAGGAGGCGUCCACUCCUCCAUGGGAGGGCAGCCCCCCGGGGACGCCGACCGCAGCCAGCGUGGGCGAAGCAGCCUCUGUGUCCUCUGGGGAGCCUGCCGCGCCAUGGGAGCCCCGUGGCACCCUGCUGCCCAUCUCCCUGGGCCCCGAGGAGUCGAGUCUGGAGCUCAUGGCUGGGGGCCCGGGUGUGGAAGGUCUCUGGGAGGAGGCAGCGAGCGGAGAGGAGCUGGCCCUGCCAGGGAUCCCUACCAAGGGGAGCAUGGAGGAAGAGCCCUCUGAUCCGUGUGAGAACAACCCGUGCCUGCAUGGGGGGACCUGUACCGCCAACGGUACCAUGUACGGCUGCCGCUGUGACCAGGGCUUCGCUGGGGAGAACUGUGAGAUUGACAUCGACGACUGCGCCUGCAGCCCCUGCGCGAACGGAGGCACCUGCAUUGACGAGGUCAACGGCUUUGGCUGCCUGUGCCUCCCCAGCUACGGGGGCAGCUUCUGUGAGAAAGACACGGAAGGCUGUGACCGAGGCUGGCACAAGUUCCAGGGCUUCUGCUACCGCUACUUUGCCCAUCGGCGGGCAUGGGAGGACGCGGAGAGGGACUGCCGCCGCCGAGCCGGCCACCUGACCAGCAUCCACUCCCCUGAGGAGCACAGCUUCAUCAACAGCUUUGGACAUGAAAACACGUGGAUUGGCCUGAACGACAGGAUCGUGGAGAGGGACUUCCAGUGGACGGACAACUCGGGGCUGCAAUAUGAGAACUGGAGGGAGAACCAGCCGGAUAAUUUCUUCGCGGGCGGGGAGGACUGUGUGGUGAUGGUGGCACAUGAGAGCGGGCGCUGGAACGACGUGCCCUGCAACUACAACCUCCCCUACGUCUGUAAGAAAGGCACAGUGCUGUGUGGCCCCCCUCCAGUAGUAGAGAACGCCUCACUCGUCGGCGCUCACAAGGCCAAGUACAAUGUCCACGCCACUGUCCGCUACCAGUGCGAUGAAGGGUUUGCCCAACACCACGUGGCUACCAUCCGGUGCCGGGGCAACGGCAAGUGGGAUAGGCCCCAGAUCGUCUGCACCAAACCCAGACGGGCCCAUCGGAUGCGGCGCCACCACCACCACCACCAGCACCACCACCAGCAUCGCCACCACAAACCGCACAAGGAGCGCAGAAAACACAAGAAACACCCCGCCGAGGACUGGGAGAAGGAAGAAGGGAAUUUCUGCUGAGAAGCCCGGCAGACGACGGCACAACCACGCUCCCAUACCUCCUCUGGAGCCUUCCCCUGGGGAGACAGAGCCCUGGGAGAAACAAGAGGGUCCUGAGGCCCCUGGCCCCCCACCCCGCCCAUUAUCCUGUGUAAAAACUCCUCAGCCCCUCCUCCUUACAUACACAAGGUCCUCUUGGCAGGCAUAGCCGUAUGUCUGAACAGUCAGUCCCCAGUCUGCACUCUGGGAGCAUCUCCCAGGAGAGAGAAGCACAAUCCGAAUAUGCUGUUUUUGCUCCGGUCAAGGCCCAUGGCCAGGUGUCAAAAUAAGGCUUUGAUGAGGGUACAGGAGAGUAUGGUGGAAAUCACAAGAAGGCAUUUGCUCCCCCACCCAAGAGAUUCCGACUCAGUAAACAAUCUUAACCCAGGAGGGAGGCUUUAUUCAAGGUCCCUGGCUUGGACGUGGAAGGCUAAACAGAAGCACACCGCUAGAAUGGACCGCUGUGCUUCCUCCACCCCGGACUUGGACCAAAGUUCAGGGUUUGGUCUUGGUGGAUAAACACAGGGUGCCAGCGCCACUUACUGAAUUUUAGGCAUUUUUUUUUAGAACACCAUCCCUCCGUGCCCGCCGAAUUCGGGACCAGAAAACCAGAGCAAUAUCUAGGCAACGGAGGGGAAGUGUGUGGCUCAGCCUUCCCGGCUCGUCCAGUGCUGAGAUGCGGUGGUUCUGCCUGUGUGGGAGCCACCCACACAGGUGAGAGGAUGUUUGGGGCUUGAGGUACCCUGAUUUCUUCCCCCUCCAUCUCUCAGGGAGACAAAGAACCUCUUUCCUGGACCAAGGAGGUGCCAAGCUUCCUAGCCCAGUCCCCGUAUCCAUCUCUCAAGCUGUAGCAGUGGUGCCUCUGCCCUGGGCCCAGCUCCCACCUCCAUCCCAACCUUUCACCCAGCCAUUAACUGGCUGCCUAGAAAUGCUUAAACUUGAAGUAGAGUCACCUGCCUGUGUCAUAUUGUAGAGAGGUACACAGUAUCCAAACUGAAUGCACACACAC